CUUAGUCACUUUGGCCACACCCAAAUUCAAAAUGGGGAAAAGAGACAAGCGAGUGGCCUUUAUGAAUCCGAUAGCUUUGGCAAGAGCAAAAGGCCCUGUCCAACAGUCUGGACCUUCCAUUAAAGAUUACCUGGGGCGGUCCCGUCCUACUUUGUCUGAGAUUGAGGAGAAAAUGACGUCUUUUAAAAAGAAAGGUUCAGAUGCACUCGCGGCAUGGGAGGAUCAAAUGAACGAGUCUUAUAAAGAUGAUCUGAAGAAGCACAGAGAGAGAAAGUUAAAGAAGAGUGUCAAGAAGUCAAAGAAGAAAGAAAAAAAGAAGAAAUCCUCCAGGGAUAGGAGUAGGAGUAGGUCUCCCUCUCCAUCUUCCUCUUCAAAUAGGAGCCAUAAAAAAUCAAAGAGAAAGAGGAAACAUAUUGAUGACAGCUCGACUUCAAGCGAAGAAGAUGAAAUGGAUGGGGACAAGAAAGGCAAAUUGAGCUCAGAUUCACCACAUCCUCCCACUGAUGGUCUCUUACCAUUACCAAAGGGUUUAUUGCCUCUACCAGUUCCCCUUGGGAUCACUCGUGAAGCCACUUUGUCCAAGUCAACAACUGUAAUAUCAGAACCACAUUCCAUUGAUGACAAAAAUGCAUGAUACACUCUUGUUUACUAGUCUAAAAAUUCUUACUAAUUGUCUCAUUACAUGACUGUAAA